AUGAAGGCAUACCACAGAAAGGCAACAGAAAGGCUCCUAGCGAUGGACAUGUCCCAAGCACCAGAGGGCAACCUCAUCCCCAGAGGCGCGCUCCAGCCCGCCGGCAACGCAACACCGCUGAGAGCACUCCCGCAGGAGGAUAAUGCGAUACCUAAGAAAAGCGCAAGCAUGAAGGCAUACCACAGAAAGGCAACAGAAAGGCUCCUAGCGAUGGACAUGUCCCAAGCACCAGAGGGCAACCUCAUCCCCAGAGGCGCGCUCCAGCCCGCCGGCAACGCAACACCGCUGAGGCCACCGGCACUGGAUGGCGAGGCCAGUGCCCCAGGGGUGAAGGAGGCACCCCCGGGGCCGUGUUGGGCCGAGCUCGACAGGUCCCUCGACCAGUGGAAGCACGUGACUCGGAGCCCCAUUCCGCGCUGGCAAAGGUUAAAAGUAGGAGAGGCGCAAAGCGUCUGGUAG